AUGCUGGUCUCGGAAAAAGCCACAUCCAAAGAUCUAAAAGAUCUGCCGAUUCUGAAGCAGCUGAAGCAGGUUGCAGGUCUCCGAAUUUGGGAGCCACGGCAAAGCUCCACCAAGGAGUUUGAACCCUUUGGGUCGGGCCUGAAACUCGACAAAGAUAUCGAGGGCAUCGGCCAACCCCGAACAGAUUCAGAGAUAAAACGAUCUGGAUCCUUUGAAGUUCGGGCAGAGGGACAUGUGGCUCCCAAAGGCAAGGAGGGGGUUCCCUGCCGAUGUGUAGUUCGCGGAAAGGCUCAGCGCCUUGCUUUACAAGGCUUUGACUGUGAGCAAUGCCGGAAUUUCUACGCUGCGACCAAGCUGGCUCCCAAAUCUGAAGACUUGAAAGCCUCUCGACACCGAUUGGAGCACGCACCAACAUGCACACCACCAGGCCGAAGAGCAUCCUAUUCCAAUGUGGUCAUGGAAAAGUGGGGAGAGAGUGAAGGGGCCAAAAGCACAUUAUUCUUCGACGAACAGGAUAUCACCGUCCCUCAGAAUAUCUACUUGAAGUGGGUUCGGCAAGAGCUCGAGGACGAAGAAGCAUGUUUGGAGCUUCCUUUCAUGAUCCUCGUUUUGGUCUCAUUCACCCUGAUGGCAGUCUUGUCCUUGAACCAGCAUGUGGUUCUUUCCGUAGAGCAAGCGAUCGAGCAAGACAUUCGUGAGAAUGCAAACUUUGCUUUCAAUGAGUACAUGGGACACAAGACAUUACAAGACGUCCACUCAGUGCCCGACUUUUGGUCUUGGAUGCGCUUGGGCUUUCUGCCGCUUGUGAUUCAACCAGCUUGGAUGUACUCUGAAGGUUAUGCUCGCAAUGUUGCAAGUGCAUUUCAGCUCAAUACUGUACCUAACAGUGUGUGGGAUAUGGGCACCUAUCAUAUUCCCGUAGCCGGAGAUUACUUGCACUACAAUCGCAUCAUAGGUGGUUUGCGCUUCCGGCAGCAGGUUGCUCCAGAAGCACCUUGCAGAUUUCCACCAGGGCGCAAAACAGAUCUUUGGGAGCGCUGGUAUGGAAAAGUUUGCAUGCCUGCUUUUCAAGAACCUUUUUUUGAACCGGACACCUCAGUUGGUGAAGUCUUUGAACAAGCUACACGUGAAGAAUGGCUGUUGAUGGCUGAUAUGCAGAGGAUGAUGGACCAAGUACUGGAUAUGGAGGAUGGCUGUCAUGGAGUGCACACUAUUGGCACCCGAGCAUGCUAUUGCAAUUGGUGUCAGGCACAAAGCCCAGCGAUGCCGUGGGUCACUGAGAGGACACAACGUAUCGAGGUUUCCAUGGCAACCUUCAAUGCUGAAUAUGGACUUUUGACCCUUACCGGAGUCAAUCUGUGGAUAGCCAGAGGCGGCCGUAUGCGGAAGCGUGUGGAAUUGAUGUCUGUGUGGGUCAAUUUUUCUCAGUUCACUGCUGCAAAUGUACCAGUGAUGGUUUUCGCCGGAAUUUGGCUGGUUUGCGUGUGCUACAUUUUCAUAAAUGAAAUCAUAGAAAUCAUAUCAGUGAUCAGAAAUGCCGAAACCCGGUGGCACCGGGCAUUGUUGGAAGAUUAUUUGGGAUUUUGGAAUAUUGUUGACUGGCUGUCGAUCAGUGUUGCUGCUGUGGUCGUUGUGCUUUGGUUUGGCCUGGCCAUGGAGAGUGGCACUCUUCAAGAUCAUUUAGGAAAGCUUUUGGAAGAUCGAAGCAGUUUGGCUUUAGUAGCUGCUUUCUUCCAGGCGUUAGAGGUCACCUCAGCAGAAGAGAAACGCUUUCGACUGAUUCUUUGCUUCUAUCCGAUGCUCCUACUGCUGCGACUGUUCAAGUCCUUCGCUGCCCAGCCUCGCCUGGCAGUGGUCACUGACACCAUCAAGUUGGCAUCGCAAGACUUGCUGCAUUUUGGGCUUGUCUCAGCAGCCGUCAUUGCAUGUUUAUGCUUGAACGCGGUACUUCUCUUCGGCCGCGAUGUUGAAGCCUUUGGAAACCUACCACGCUCCUUGCACAGCUCAUUCCGGAUGCUGUUUGGAGAUUGGGAAUGGGCUCCAAUGGAAGAAGUCUCAAGAUCUGGAGCAUAUUUGUGGUUUACCAUUUUCAUGGUGCUGGUAGCAAUCAUUCUCCUCAACAUGCUCCUGGCCAUUAUUCUGGAUAACUACAUGGAUGUGAAGAGAGUGUCCGCGAGUGCCCAAUCCCUCGGUGAGCAGUUUCAAGAAAUGCGCCGGCGCCGGCAGAUGCAGAAACGCAAGGAGCGUAUGCGUUUGACUGAUGUAUGGGAUCACUUUGUAGCAGAGGCUCAAAACCGCCCAAAGUUAGCUUUGGCAUCAGAGAGAGACAUCACAGUGGAUUUUCUCGAACAGAUGGGCAUGCCAUCGUCCCAGGCCUCACGAACCUUGCAGAAUUCCUGGAUGGCUCAUUUGAAAGCCACAACAGUACCCUUUGAGCUCAAACAUUCCUCAUCAUGGCUGGCACGAUUUGAAGCUGACACUCGCAAAUGCCGCAAUGGUUUGUACUUCCUUUUUGACAGACUCGAAUUCUAUGACACUAGGUUUGCAAAGCUAGAUGUGGAGGAGUUUUCAGAUUUGGCCCAGAGUGACAUGGCCCAAGAAAUGGCAGUGCAGCUGCUUCGCCUAAGCAGUGAAGCGGCGGAAAAAUUGGCAAAAUUGCUUUCGGUGGUGGACAAAACACAGUCUCGAACCGAAGAAAAGCAGUUGUUGAUCCAUGGCACUGUGCGUGACAUGUCGCAUUUGUUGCUAAAGCUGCAAAGUCUCGGAACCCAUAUAGGCAGCCGACUCGAGGGCUUGACCUACACCGGACAAAGCUUUUGA